AUGGGAAUUCUUGAAAAAAUCGCCGAUAUCGAGGCCGAAAUGGCCCGAACGCAGAAAAACAAGGCCACCGAGUAUCACUUGGGUCUGCUCAAGGGAAAACUUGCCAGGUUGCGAGCAGAAUUGAUGGAGAAUCAGACGAAAUCAUCCGGUGGAAAGGGUGAAGGUUUCGAUGUCAUGAAGUCGGGUGACGCGAGAGUUGCCCUCAUCGGUUUUCCAUCUGUCGGAAAGUCGACUCUCUUGUCUCUCAUCACCAAGACUACCUCUGAAGCCGGAGCGUAUGAAUUCACAACGUUGACUUGCAUUCCCGGAGUCAUCGAAUACAAAGGCGCGAAUAUCCAACUUCUCGAUUUGCCCGGUAUCAUCGAAGGAGCUGCCCAAGGAAAAGGUCGUGGUAAACAAGUAAUUGCGGUGGCUAGAACAGCUGAUUGCGUCGUGAUGCAAGUUGAAGCGCACAAAGCUGAAAUUCAAAUUCCAAAAUUGACGCUUGAAUUGGAAGCUGUCGGAAUCCGUUUGAAUCAGGGACCCCCAGACAUUUACUUCAAGCAGAAAAAAGGCGGCGGUUUGGCAUUCAACUCGACAGUAAAAUUGACGAAAUGCAAUCAAAAAAUGGUGCAAAUGGUCCUCGCCGAUUACAAAAUCUUCAACGCGGAGGUGCUCUUCAGAGGCGACUAUUCUAUCGAUCAGUUCAUCGAUGUCGUUGUUGGAAAUAGAAUUUAUAUGCCUUGCCUGUAUGUCUUCAAUAAAAUUGAUCAGAUUUCGUUGGAAGAGGUUGACAGAAUCGCAAGAACGCCUAACUCAGUGGUAAUCAGUUGCAAGGACAAAUUAAACCUGGACUACCUGAAAGAUUGCAUUUGGGAUAAACUGGCGAUGAUUCGAGUGUUCACAAAGAAGCCAGGAGAGAAGCCGGAUUUGAGGGACGAAGAAGGAAUUAUUCUACGAGGAGGGUCGACGGUGGAACACUGUUGCCAUGCUGUGCAUAGAUCGCUCAAGGCAGAUUUUAAAUAUGCUCUUGUUUGGGGAACAUCGGCCAAGCACUCGCCCCAACGAGUUGGCCUCAGGAAGAACGAUAUGAUUUCGGGACAGUACGUCACCGUCGACGGCCACGAAGGCUACUCGAUCGUCCAAGCAGCAGAUUCAACGCAAAUUCCCGUAACGCUCAUUCCAGAAACGACGCCUUCCGAAGCGCAGAUUCAAGCCGAUUCUGGAAUCACUGAUGAAAAUCUAAUAACGAUUUCUGCGCGGGAAGUGAACCAACUCGCGAGUCAUCUACCGCCCGAGCAGAUAAAAAUUCUAAAGCAACGGCGAAGGACGCUCAAGAAUCGCGAAUAUGCAGCUGCCUGCAGAAACAAACGGUCAAAUCAACGAGAAGACCUCAAAAACGGCUGCUCCUUGCUGAAUAAAAAAAUUUCGUUGAUCGACGACCAAAAUGAAAAGCUUAAAAAUUUAUUGCUCAAGGCGACGCAGAACUUUCCAAAUGUUCGUCUUCCACAAUUUCUAGAGGAAAUAGACAGUCAAAUGGUCGUCCUUGAUAUCGUAAAAGAAGAAAGUUGA